AUGACCAUCAUCUACCUUGAUCCCGAGUUUUCAGACUUGAAGCCCGAGCAGCUUGAACGUAUCAAUCAGGAGAAUAAGGCAAUACAGAAAAAUAUUACGGGAGCAACAUUAGCACCUCGAGAAUAUCAGUAUGAAAUCUUUAAGAAGGCUGUAUCAGAAAACACCAUUGCAGUGCUAGAUACAGGCGCAGGAAAGACGCUGAUUGCAGUCAUGCUGAUCAAGCAUAUGCUAGCUAUAGAACGUGAAAAGCUACAGGCAAACAGAAACUACAGACGGAAAGUGACAUUCUUUCUGGUUGACCGAGUGCAUUUGGUGUUCCAACAAGCAAGCGUUAUUCGAGCUAAUUGCGACGCUCAAGUGAGGGAACUGUGUGGUGAUAUGAAUGUGGACACUUGGAGAGCGGAUACAUGGGCAGAGAUUUGGGACAACAAUGAUAUAUGUGUAUUGACAGCUCAAAUAUUCCUUGACAGCCUGCGAAGCGGAUUCUUGACAUUGGAUCGAGUGAAUUUGCUUACCUUUGAUGAGUGUCAUCAUGCCAGCAAAGGGCAUCCCUUCAAUUUGAUCAUGAUUCAGUUUUAUCAUCGCAUCUACAACGAUCCUAUCAAUCAGGCGCUUGAUAAACCUAAAAUCUUUGGCAUGACAGCAUCUCCUAUCCAUACAUCAACCAAAAAAGUGCUCGGAAGCAUCAGUGCCCUGGAGACGAGCUUGCAAAGCCUGGUUUAUACCGCUAAAAGCUCCCGGGAACUGGCAUCAGCAGUGAAGAAGCCUUUUGAAAUCGAGCUCUUUUAUUCCAUGGACGUGAUCAACGAUGUGCCUCCAUCUCCAUCGCACACAACAAGAGACUAUAUCAGACUAGAACGCUAUCCGAGAUCCAUACUGACAACACUUAUUACAAAUAAGCUUAAUCGAGUUCCAGGCUUCGAGCAAUGCUUCAAUGCCAUUGUAUACAUCUCAGAUAAUUUGGGUCCAUGGUGUAGUGACAAAUUGUGGAAAUCCAUCCUUUAUAAGGCGGAUACCAAGGGCCUUUUCACGUGCACCUUGUACACGCCAGAGCAGAAACUGAGCCAAGAGGAUCGCCGGCUAUUGCAAGAAGCUUAUGAGUUGAGUGCAAUCACAGGCAAUCAUGCUGCAGAGCCUGAUCUCACAAACAACUGUCAGUUUACGCCUAAAGCAAGAGUAUUGGUGGAUUGUCUAAAAGACAUCUUGGCAAAUGAUGCGAGUAAACAAGGCUUUUGCGGCAUCAUUUUUGUGGAAAGACGACAUACGGCAGUGGCUAUCAAAAUCUUAAUUGAAUCGUUAAGCGCUUUCAAGGAGGAUAUCAGAUGUGAUGUCUUGAUUGGACAUGGUGUCCAAACUGGCGGUGAUUUGCAAAUGAACUACACCCAGCAGAACGAGGUCAUUGCAAAGUUCAGAGCUGGAGAAAUAAAUCUACUGAUUGCGACCAAUGUCGCUGAAGAGGGCCUGGAUAUUCAAGCCUGCAACUAUGUUAUCAGAUUUGAUUUGUUCAAGACUGUUAUAGCCUAUAUCCAAUCUCGAGGAAGAGCCAGACGCAAAGACUCCAAAUACAUUCUCAUGCUGAAUCAAAAGAACCUGAAGGAUACUCGUUUAUUGGACAAUGUGGUUGAGACAGAGCAAGCGAUGAAGGAUUACUGUCGAAUGCUUCCCAAAGACAGGAACCUAGCAGCCAUGUUUGACGACGAAAGCGCAAGUCUAGGCACGACAUACGAACCAGAGUAUAUCAAGCAAGGUCUGUCCAGCAAAUACUUGCAAGGAGCCUUUUGCAUCCAAUCGACAGGUGCUCUUAUCACACGAUCCAACGCCAUUGCUUUGAUUUGCCAUUAUUGUGCCACGCUUCCAUCAGACAAUUUUUGCAAUUUCAGGCCUGUUUAUGAGUAUGAAGAUCUGACAAACCAUAGUCUUUCUCUCGAGGAGAUAGAGGCGUUAGAUUUACCUCCAAUUAAUCCGACUGCUAUUACAGGAAAGCAAGGCAUCUUUGGUUGCAUCGUGACUCUGCCCAUCAAUGCCCGUAUACAGCAGUUCAGAGCCUAUGAUCGAGCCAAGGAUGAUGCUAAAGCGCGAGUCUCGCUACAAGCAUGCAUUGCAUUGUACAAAGCAGGCGACAUUGACAGCCAUUUGGUGCCUAAAUCCAAGACACAGCGAAGAGUAUUAAAGGAUAUCGCGGAAGAAAUGGAUGAGAACAGCAAGCUUGUGGGCAGUCGUGGACGUGAGGAUCUGUACAAGAAGAAACUGCCUUCGUUCUGGCAAGGAGACGGCAUUGAUAGCGAUGAGAAGCAUGCUCGACUGGGUCCUUACUGGGUGUCUUUGAUCGACAUUGACCCGUCUGCACAGCAGCAACCGCUACCUCCCUAUCGUCCAAUGUGCUUGAUUACAAAGAAACCACUACCAGCCAUACCCAAUUUCACACUAUACAACAAUAUACCGUUUCAAGUGCGUUUGAUGAGUCAAUCAGAUGCAUUAGCAUUCAACAAACAAGAGCAAGUCGAUGAUUUGAUGGAUUACACCUUUUGCUUUCUAAAAUGUAUCACAAACAAAUCGUUUUCGUGCGCAAGAGACAACAUUGAAUACCUUGUUGCGCCGCUCAUCGUCAGUGAUUCCUCUUCUUUUUCUUUCGUUGAGUCAACUCAACAACAAGCAGCCAAAAUUGAUUGGGCUGAGAUCGCCAAAACCAUCACAGACGUCCAUCCGCCCGUCGAUCUCCAUGGCAACGCAAUUCAUGACACCAUCCUCAUUGAUGCAAGCGAUCAAAAGAAAAGACAGUACUUUGUGCAGAGUGUACAGCACGACAUGACGCCCCUGUCGUCCGUUCCUGACUCUGUUACCACAAGCAAUGGUCAGGUCAAGAAGCUUCGCGAGCACGGCUAUGCCACUUUCAAAAAAUACUAG